AUGAAAAGCUUGCGAAGGGACCCCUCUUCGAACUCACAGGCAGCAAAUGUUGCUAGCAAGGUGUUUGUGAGAUCGACAAGAAGUGGAAAAGUGCAAAAGAUUGUUCGGGAGCUCUAUCUGCGGCAAGAUAUUCCAUGCUCGUCGAAACUUUGCUCAAUAUGCCCUUCGAUCGCCCCUCCAGACCGCAAUGGAAACAUUGCGCCAUUCGUCCUCUCCGACCAGCCCGCGGGCACUAAAGCUUUCCCACGCGGCCACUACCUUGUACCCGACACCAACGCGCUCAUGAAUGGCAUGGACCUUUUCGAACAUACUGGCGCAUUCUAUGACGUGAUCAUCCUCCAGACUGUCCUCGAAGAGCUUCGAAACUUGUCGCUCCCCCUCUACAACCGACUUCUCGCCUUGAUCAAAACUGACGACAAACGCUUCUACCUUUUCUUCAACGAGUUCCGCCUCGAAACUCAUGUUCGCAGAGGUGCAGAUGAGUCAAUUAACGACCGAAAUGACCGCGCCGUACGCACAGUUGCAAGCUGGUACUCCGAGCAUUUGAAGACGUCUGCGGCGAAGAAGGGUAAAAAAGCCAAGUCAGUUCCCGCGAUCGUCGUCAUCACCAAUGACAAAGGAAAUCUGGAGAAGGCGAGGAGCGAAAAUGUGACAGCGCUUUCCUUGUCCGACUACGUGUCGGGGUUGGAAGAUUCGGAGCGGCUUCUGGAUAUGAUAACGGAAGCACAAGUUCGAGAGUCGAAGGGCCCUGGUCGUGGAGAAUUGUUCUACCCGGAGUAUUACUCCAUGUCAAAACUCCAGACUGGGCUACGGGCGGGGACAUUGCAUCAGGGAGUGUACAAUGUCUCCCCGUAUAAUUACCUAGAAAGUUCCGUCAAGGUGCCAGCCUUCGACAAGGCGCUUCUUAUCCUCGGUCGUGACAACAGCAACCGUGCGAUUUCAGGUGAUAUCGUUGCCAUUGAAGUCUUACCGAAGGACCAGUGGAAGUCCCCUUCAACUAAGCUUGUCGACGAGGAGGCCGUGACUCGCAAUGACAACCCUGACUCUGAGGAAACCGAGGCCGUUGUAUCAGACAAAGAGCGCAAGGCGCUUCAGGAUGAGGUGAAGAAGGCCCAUGGCAAGAGUUCUGAAGGGAAUCCGCAGCCCACUGCGAAAGUGGUCGGCAUCAUCAAGCGCAACUGGCGCCAGUACGUGGGCCACGUCGACUCCAACUCCACUGGUUCUCAAGAAACCUCCGGUCGGCGACAGCAAAACGUCUUUGUCUUGCCCAUGGACAAGAAGAUCCCCAAGAUCCGUCUCCGUACCCGGCAAGCCAGCAGCCUCCUGGGGGAGAGAAUUUUGGUCACGAUUGACUCCUGGCCCCGGGACUCUCGAUACCCGUCUGGUCACUUCAUUCGUUCCCUUGGCGAGUUGGAAACCAAGGGCGCAGAGACAGAGGCACUUCUUCUUGAAUAUGACGUACAGUACAAGCCAUUCCCCAAGGCUGUUACUGAUUGCUUGCCCAAAGAGGGCCACGACUGGAAGGUUCCCCAGUCCAAGGAAGACAAAGGCUGGAAGGGCCGACGCGAUUUGCGCCACCUCCAAGUCUGCAGUAUCGAUCCUCCUGGGUGUCAAGAUAUCGACGAUGCACUCCAUGCAAGACCUCUUCCGAAUGGAAACUUUGAGGUUGGUGUGCAUAUUGCCGACGUGUCGCACUUCGUCAAGCCUAACAAUGCGAUGGACCUGGAAGCCAGUAUUCGUGGAACGACAGUAUACCUCGUUGACAAGCGUAUUGAUAUGCUGCCUCAUCUACUGGGUACAGACCUGUGCUCGCUCAAGUGUGAUGUCGAGCGUUACGCUUUCUCUGUUCUGUGGGAAAUGACCCCCAACGCAGAGAUCGUUUCCUCCGAUUUUACCAAGUCUGUUAUUCUCUCUCGACAGUCUUACAGCUACGAACAAGCACAGCUGAAAAUUGACGACAAAUCUGACACGACGGAACUGACCGAGAGUAUGCGUCAACUGUUGCGCUUUUCUAAGAUUUUGCGGCAGAAGCGUUACGAUGCAGGUGCCCUGAACCUUGCAUCCCCAGAAGUCCGCAUCGAAGCCGAUGCCGACGAAGUGGGCGACCCCUUGAACGAUGUCAAAACAAAGGCCAUGCUCGAGACAAACAGCUUGGUCGAAGAGUUCAUGCUCCUCGCCAACAUCUCUGUUGCUUCCAAGAUCUACGACUCAUUCUCGCAAACGGCCCUGCUCCACCUCAUCAACCAGCUAUCGAAGAAGCGCAACAUGGAGCUUGACGUUUCCAGCUCGGGCGCGCUCGCCAGUUCCCUUGACCGAUGCGUCGACCCCAAGAACCCCUUCUUUAAUACCCUCGUCCGCAUCCUGGCCACCCGAUGCAUGACUUCAGCCGAGUACUUCGUUGCGGGUGCUCAUGCUGAACCUGAAUUCCGUCACUAUGGUCUGGCCUCCCCCAUCUACACCCACUUUACCUCCCCCAUUCGACGAUAUGCGGAUCUGCUCGUCCAUCGGCAGCUCGCCUCUGCUAUCGGCUACGAAGGUGAAGAUGGCCAUGCUGUCAUCGAGGGUGUUGCAACGCGCGGUAAACUCGAAGACAUCUGCCGUAACAUCAACUACCGUCACCGGAACGCCCAGUUCGCCGGGCGUGCCAGUAUCGAAUACUACGUUGGCCAAGCGCUGAAGGCUCGUGGAGAGAUGGAGCAGAAGAAGAAUGCAGAUGCUGAUGCUGGCAUUAAAGAGGAGGGCUACGUAAUGCGUGUUUUCGAGAACGGAGUGGUGGUCUUCGUUCCUCGAUUCGGUAUUGAAGGUGUUGUUCGACUAGAAGACUUCGUCUUGCCGGGCGAAUCUGCCUCUUUCUCUGCCUCCGAGCGACGUGACCUCGCUAUUCAUCGUACCACGGAGUUCGACCCCGAAGAGUACACGCUUCGUGUGGAAGAGAAAGGCCACCCAGAGAAGGAAAGAAGUGUUCAAGUUGAGCUUUUCCAACGUGUGCAGGUAAACGUGAGCUCGGUCAAGGAAGAGGGCCGUGGUGCCGGCAAGCGACGUGUUCGCAUUCUUAUUUUGGAUGCGUCGGACAAAUAA